AUGAGUCAAAAAGCAUCAGAAGCGCCUAAAGUGUUGGACCCGCCAAAAAGUACCCCGUUUACUCCAGCAGAACUUGCAAAGUUUGACGGUUCAGAUCCUACAAUUCCAGUUUACGUUGCUGUUAAAAGUACAGUAUUUGACGUUAGUGAAAAACGCAACCUUUAUGGACUAAAUGGUAGUUACCAUGUUUUUGCAGGAAAAGAUGCCUCAAAGGGUCUUGGUAUGAGUUCAUUGAAUUUAGAAGACGCUGUUGCAGAUUAUAGUACAUUAGAUGAAUCUCAAUUAAAGGUUUUGGAUGAUUGGUAUGAUCGUUUUAGUAAACAAUAUAAUAUCGUAGGCAAAGUUGUUUCUUAA